AGUGAUUUGUUAAGGUAGUUGAGCUCCAAAACUACCACUUUGAACCUCCAUAUUUCUUGUUUUUUUCUUUUCCUUUUGAUCUUAUAUCCCAAUUGAUCAUCUAUAAAUCACUUGUCAUCAAAAUCUUCCACAUCCAACAUCAAGCUUCUAUAGAAUCAUCUUUCCUCCUUGCACGUUCCCUUUUAACUUCUCCAAGUCUUUUAAAUUCAAACAAAAAUGGCAGAUUAGUACAGCAUGUAGCGGCGCAAUGUUACGUAGCUUUAGCCCUUGCAUAAACUUCACUACUACUGGUGGGAGCAAUUCUUCACCAACUUCAGAAUGUUGCCGAUCUCUCAAGUGUGUCAUGAGUAAUGGCACAGAUUGCCUCUGCCUUAUUGUUACUGGAAAUGUUCCUUUUCGCGUACCCAUUAACAGGACAUUAGCAGUUUCCCUACCCAAAGCCUGUAACAUGGCUGGUGUCCCCCCUCAGUGCAAAGCAUCUGCUUCCCCUAUUCCAGCUCCAGGUCCAGCUGCCUUAGCACCAACAAAAUCUCCUAGAUCAUCUCAAAGGCCUAAGUCACCUCCAUCUCCUAGUCCUGAAGCUGCUAAUGUUCCUCAGCCAUUCACACCUUUUGGACCAGUGGCUGAUACAACACCAGGUAAUCCUAAUACAGGUUUAACACCACCUUCCCCAACAGACAGCUUUGGAAACNAAAAAAAAAAAAGAAUUAGAGAGCUUGCUUGUAGUUUAUAA